ACUUGCUUAACAUCAUUUUCACAUGUGUGCAUUGAAUAAAGCGAGUUUGUAAAGGAGUACAUUAGUGUCUGUAGUCUUCCCGUAGUCACUUCAGGUCGUGGACGAGAGUCUGAUAAUUGAGAGAGUUGGCCUGCAGGAAUUGGCAACAUGCAUUUCGACGAAGUUGUAGAAGCAAUCAACCCUUUCGGUCCUUACCAGAAGCGAGUAUAUUAUCUCAUUUGCUUCCUCACCAUACCUGCUGCUCUUCACACCAUGGGAGCUGUCUUCUUUCUAGGCAUACCAGAGCACAGGUGCGCUGUUCCAGGUGCAGAUAACGACACGUGGGAGAGCCAAGGACCCGAACAUGACGACGUGGUGAGGAGGACAGUACCUGUUGACCCCGCCACUGGCACGUGGUCCCAGUGCCUCGUGUACAAACAUCAGUCACUGCAGGACCUGGCAAACCUGGCCAACGACACGGUCGAGUGCUCACGAUGGGUCUACAGCAAGGAAUACUUUGAGCUCACAUUCAUUUCUGAGCUGAACAUCGUCUGCAAAGAUAAAUUCCUCCUACCACUAGCAAACACCAUUUAUAUGAGUGGAUUUCUGGGUGGAUCAUUAAUUCUAGGAACUCUGGCAGACAUAAUAGGAAGGAAGAAAACUCUCGUGGUCUGUGUCCUGGGUCACAUCGCAGUGGUCUUUGCCACGGCUUUCGUCAGAAACUAUGUCGCCUUUGUCAUCCUUCGAUUUUUUGUCGCAUUCUUUGGAAUUGGAAAGUUUCUGACAUCUUUUGUUAUCUGCAUGGAGCUCGUGGGACCUACCCACCGGACUCUCGCUGGCAUCGUCAUCGAGAUUUUCUGGGCAGUGGGCCUCUUCAUUGUCGUCCUCUUGGCAUACUUCUUCCGGCAAUGGAACCACCUACAGCUGGCUGUGUCAGCUGUCAAUGUGAUAUGCCUACCUAUCGUCAUGUUUAUCCCCGAGUCGACACGCUGGCUGUUGUCACGUGGUCACAGACAGGAAGCGUCCGCCAUUGUGCGUCACGCGGCCCUCGUCAACAAAGUCGUCGUGUCUGAGAAGGUCCUCAGCCUGCAAGACCUGCAGAACGACGGUCCAGGUGGGAAGUUCUGGCUACUGUUCACCCACCCGCGUCUGCUAGUCCGCUGCCUCAUCGUCUUCUUCAACUGGUUCGUCGUAACAGGUGUUUACUAUGGCUUGGGACUGAACGUGGGCAGUCUGUCAGGUGACAUCUACCUCAACUUCCUGUACGCCAGCAUCGCCGAGACCUUGUCCUACGUGUUGUGUCUGGUGCUGCUCAACCGCAUCGGACGACGGACGCUGCACUGCUUCACCAUGCUGCUGGGCGGCAUCUCGUGUGUGGCCAUCAUCCUACCCGUCGUCUUCGGCGACCAGAACACAGCGUGGAUAACCACUGCGCUCUCCAUGGUCGGGAGGUUCGGAAUCUCGGCUGCCUUCGCCAUUAUUUACGUGUACACCGCCGAGUUGUUCCCCACUUUUGUACGAAACUCCAUCAUGGGGGCCAGCUCUUUGAAUGCUCGUUUGGGGUCCAUUAUUACACCUUACAUAAUCUCACUGAGUUAUUAUGUCAGUGGAAGCAUCGGAGUAGCACUGCCUUCACUCAUUUACGGAGGGCUGUCGAUUGUGGCUGGCCUGGCGUCACUAUGGUUACCAGAAACACAUCUUCAGGAUCUUCCAGAAACUAUCGAGGACGCCAAGAAGUUUGGAAAAAAAAAGGACAAGAAUUCGUAUGAACUUCCGCAGACAUUGGAAUUUUCCGACGAGAGAGAUAUUUCCGCACACAUUUAAUUCAUUAAAUAACUGUGAAAUUAAGUAGUGUACAAAAUGCAUUGUGUUCAAAAGAAACUUUGACCAGGCAAGACAAGUCAUUAUACAUUUACAGUUAUCAUACUAGUCGAGAAAUGUAAUUAUACAGUAAUAUUUUUCAUACUAGUCGAGAUUCCUAUUUGUUGCUUUUUCGUCCUCUCAGAAUUCGAUGGAAUUUACACACUCAACCUUCUGGUGAGAAUUGGUUUUCUUUAGAGUUUUUAAUUCCUUUGCAAAUGAUGUGCAGUUCUUAUAUCUACUUCUGACUUGUUACAGAUAAAACGAUUUGAUUGUUUUGAUUGCCUUGUAUAUGCAUAAGUUUCCCAGAAGAACAUUAGUGCCUCAAUGUCAUAAAAACCUGAAUAUUAGACGAUAAAAACACAACCGAAAACACAA